CUCUCUUGGAAGUCAGGAAGGCGCUUUCACGACUCGGUCGAAGGAGAGCAAGAUGUCUGCCCUGGACGUGGAGGACUUUAUUCAACAGAACCGAGCUGUGGCCGACCAGGUGGAAACGUUUCGAGGUUACUGGGAGAGUGAGAAACACUGGCAGGCCAGGAGGGAGUUCAUUCUGCGGAAUAUAAGCGAGUAUGACCAAGAGCAGCUGGACCACCUGCUCUCUCUGUCCAUGGUCUGGGCCAACAACGUCUUCCUCGGCUGCCGGUACAGCACAGAGCUCCUGGAGAAGGUGAAGGAAAUGGCUGAAGGCAUUGUGGUGGAGGAUGCACCGGUUUUUAAGACAAGAGAUGAGAUUAUGAAGAAGCAGCAGGGUCGAUGACCAGCUCAGUUGUAUUGUCUCUUCUGGUUGUAUCGGAUUGAAACUGAUGGGACUGAGCUGUUACGUACAUACAGGCUGUGCUUGUAACAUGUCAGACUGCAUUUUUGUGGUUUUUUAACCAUCCUACACUGUUUAUUAUGGAUGUGAUAAGAGGAUGAACAUUAACUCUUUUUUUAUGGAACACAGACUGGGUUUGUAGCAUUUUAACUGUAUAGUCAUUAAGAUGUUUUGGCAGUGUGGUAGUGUCACUGCUCAGCAAUCUACACAAUUGUUUCACAUUUUUUUAAAGUGUAUUCAUUGUUUCUAGUGCUGUUUUUAUAUCGGUUCAGAUGCAAGAUGACACUGGAUCCUGUCUUCAUGUCUCUGUCUGGAGCAGAAUAAAGGACUUGUGUUUUAUUCUCA